GUCACGAUGUUCAUCUAAAUAGGCAUAAUUUGACCCCCAAAAAAUGAAGCGCACCACUGUUAACUAAGGUCUCAAAUGGGCCAAGAAAUGAAGCUGAUACAGGUUGACGACAAGUGCUCUGUUAGUAAGAUGGACUCUGGAAUCGUGAUUAAAAAGCGAAAACCGCAAUUCCCGCUUUUAAACCCAGCACCUUUGGACAAGACCCAGCGGCUGCAGGAGGGCAGUAGUAAAAACCCCGACCUCAUUAAGCUGAUUAGUCUUCUUGAAGAUCCACUAACGACAAACUUGAAGGAGCGAAACAUUUUUUUACUGAAGAGGAUCGUGAAGACCUGUCAACAUGGCAUUCUGCUGAAGGAAAUGGCAAAUUUUGGGAAAAUCUUUUUCAUCUGCAGCGAUAAAGUGGCUGAUCAUCCUGAGUAUGCGCCGCUUUUGUGUGAAGUUCUUAGAAUUAGCAGCCUCCCCUUCCUGAAGGAAAAGUCAUCCGACGAGCCCAACUAUAGUCGGGAUGGCACACAAUUCUUCUCUCACAUGGGAUGUCUGAUGAAGGUGCCUGACCCCAAUGUAAAGCAACAGUUAGUUGACACGGUGAAAUCCUACUACAGCUGUGUGGCUCCUAAACAACUUCUCCCUGGUACGGACCUUCGCUCCAAGACAAAGCCUCGGACUUUCAACUCUUGCAACUGCUUUUCUAGACUUUCUCUAAGCCUGGUGCCCACCUCCCCCGGCUACAUACUGCAGCUCAUUGAGCGCAGUGACCUGGCCAAGACGCUGCUCCUGUCUCUUCACACCCUGGACAACGAGCCGUCCAUCAAGAUGCACCUCCUGCACCUUCUGGACAUGCUCUCCCUCUCCUCAGACAGGAACUGUGCUUUAAUGCUGAGUGCGCACGGGGCCGAGACCAUCUGCCUCUACAUGAAUGAGCGUGACCCGACCGGCCAGAUUCUGUUUCGCUCUUCGGAAAUCCUGUGGAACCUGGUGGAGAAGGGAAGCAAAGACGAAGUCACCGCCCAGCUCAGCAGCAUCGAGUGCCUCACGUCCCUCAAAGAGGCGUUUUUCCACCAGUUGCUUAGUUCCCGCCAGUAUGACCUGCGGCUACGGAACGACCUGCUUGUCAUCACAACGAUCAUCGCCGGGAAAAACAGCUCGCUCCUUGUAGAAAGCAUGUUUGCUAAACACCUCAUCGCUGUGGCUACGUUUCCAGAGCUGAGAAGUCAGAAUCCUUUUGUUCAGAACCUCACACUGACUGGCAGCAAAGAAGACUUCAGUAUGAAGAAGAUGCUUCUUAACCUGUUGGUUCUAAUGUCAGAUGACUCAGCGGCGCGUAAGCUUUUUAAAGAGGAGCAGGUAUUUCAGGCACUGUUGACCGUCCUCAGCCACCCAAUUGCCCAAGUGGAUGGCCUGCGUCAGUGGAACCAGAAACAGCAAGAGGAACUUCAGCUGCAGGCCCUGGUCACGCUGGAGUCCAUCGCUCCUCUGAUGCUGGACGAUUACAUGGCCUGUCAGGCCAACUCACGCCUGCUGGCAUUGCUAGACUGGUGCAUCGGCCAAGAUUCAAUGUUUGGUCCAGACGACAGUGUGAAUGGAGAAAUUGGCAGCACCAAAGCUCUGAUGCGUCACUGUGCCAGAGUGCUGAGGUCGGUCACAGCCGUGGGGGAGACGUCUGUCAACCAGGACCUGUGCGAUCAGGGCAUCAUCAGCCAGCUGAUCGGGAUACUGAUGCAGAUGGAAGUGAGCAUUGAGGAAGAAGAUGCUGUUACUAUGGAGAUAAAGUCGGAUAUCCAGUUGAUACUGUCCUCGCUGUGCGAGGUCGACGUGCACAAAAAGGAGCUGUUUGGGUCAGAGGGGGUUCUGAUGGCCAUUCACUACCUGACCAAAGGUUCAGAUAAGUUCUACAGCGGCCUGGGUCACAACAAGCUCCUCCUCUCCACCCUGGACUGCUUGUGGUCAUGUGUCGUUGGCUGCUACACCACGGAAGACUACUUUUUGGCCAAGGAUGGCGUCUUCCACCUGCUCAACUUACUCAUGACAUGUCCCAAAUGUGUGCGUGGCAUUGUGCUCGCCAUCCUGCUGGAACUGUGUGACAACCCCAAUACUGUUUCUCACGCCCUGAACUGGACGCACGACAGUGGUGAGACAGCUCCCAGACUCCUGCUGCAGCUAUGGAUGGAGGAGGAGGUGGGUCUGGGGGUCAGUCGCACUCGACACGGAGCCAUCAAAAACCCUAAAAAGCCCCUCCUCACCGAGCACCAGAAAGGAGAAUCCAACCUGUCUUUUCCCGCCAGCGUGCCGAGCGCUGCAGUGCUGGAGAUCUCCGAGAACCUCCGCUGCAAAAUCUACUUCAUCUUCUGCAAACUGGGUUUUGAAGAUCUACCUGGCUUGUCAACAAAAGACCACAUCACACUGGCUAUUGUUAAACGAUAUCUGGAUUUCAAGGUUGGUGAGAUUUGGAACGAGAUGCGGGAGGAAUUAAACAUGGAGGGGAUGCGACCCAUCUCACCAGACGAAGAGGCGCUAGACAACAUGUGCUUCAUUAGCGAGGGCACGGCGAGAAAAGUGAUCGCGGAGCAACGCAGCAUCCUGCAGCUGCUGGAUGAAGAGGACAUCAGAGAGGAAGAGCUGAUCUGCCAGGAGAUCAAGACGUAUUGGAUGCAGUAUGAGCUGAUGGCUGAAUCGUGGGAUCACUACGUUGCCAAGGCCUCAAACUACGAGCUGCUGAAGGAAUUACAGGCACAGAGGGAGUCAACGAGAACCGCCAUCGACCACAAACAUGACGAUCUGGUACCUCGACCCCCCAAGCAUUUCAUGGGUCAGCUGCUGACGGUGGAGCGCACCGAUGCUCCAGGCACAUCUGGUUUAAGAGUGACGCUAAGCAGAGCCCCCAUCAAGGCUGCUGGGCAUGAAGAGGUGGUGUGACCAUCAGAGACUGUGGCUGUUCCACCAACAUGGAUACAGGAUAUCAGUACCAUGGACAGCCCACUGCUGGUGAAGACAGUGACGAUCUGGACACGAGACUGUUUUAACCUGUGACUCCAUGUCGAGUCCUGGAGGCCUGUACUUGUAGAUAUCUCAGUAUAAUAAAAACCAAGCCAUAUAAGACGAACAGCUGAUUCUGUCUGAG